ACGAAUUGUUGUAUUUCAUAGUUUUCUUCAUGAGGUUUGAUGCAUUUGAGAAUAUUUGUUAGUGACUUCAGUAGUAAGUAUGUGUUUGCUUUAGCGUUUUACACUUCAAACUUAUGAUGAAAAACCUCAUUGCCACAGAAGAUUAAUAGUAAAGCUUCUAUAAACCACGGUGAAUGCAAUGCGCGUUUCCUCAUUUUUGCCGCAUAAUCAAACAUAGCUACUGUUUCGCGUUUGAAGACGAGCCAGGUUCUCAUAAAAACAAAGAAACUGAAGACAAGGGUGAGGCAUAAUUUAAACAAAAAUUGAAGAAUAUGAUAAAAGUCAAAGCGUUUGUUAAGACAGAUUGUUAGAAGCAGCAUUAUUGAUAACAUCGGUGGUGGGUCGGGAUAGAAGGUUCAAUAGGAGAGAUCGUCGUCAUAGAAGGUUCAAUAUGGCUGGUGGGUCGGGAUUCGAACUUGAAGCAUCGGUCACUACCAUCGAGAGCAAGAUAACACUCACAGUUGUCAUCACUUGCAUUGUUGCUGCAUCUAGUGGACUUAUUUUUGGAUAUGACCUCGGAAUUUCAGGAGGUGUUACUACGAUGAUGCCAUUUCUCCAGAAAUUCUUUCCAGAUAUCCUAAAAAAGGCGGCAAGCGCCGAACAAAACACAUAUUGCGUGUACGAUAGUCAAAUGUUAACAUUAUUUACGUCGUCUCUGUAUCUAGCUGGGUUAGUAACUUCUCUAGUAGCUAGUCAAGUCACAUCGUCGUUGGGCCGUAAAAACACCAUCUUGUUGGGUGGUGUCAUCUUUCUUCUGGGUGGUGCCAUUAAUGGAGGUGCUCAAAAUAUCGCUAUGCUCAUUAUUGGUCGUAUUCUUCUUGGCUUUGGAAUUGGUUUCACUAAUCAAGCUACUCCAUUGUACCUUUCGGAAAUUGCUCCACCAAAAUGGCGAGGAGCAUUAAGCACAAGUUUUCAAUUCUUCAUACAAAUUGGUGUGCUGGUUGCGGGGUGCAUAAACUAUGUCACCGCAAAUCACCCAUCGGGUUGGCGAAUCUCGCUAGGCUUAGCUGUGGUUCCAGCAACAAUGAUCACAAUCGGUGCCUUCAUUAUAUGUGACACACCAAACAGUUUGGUGGAGCGUGGGAAGAUAGAUCAAGCCAGAGAAGCUUUGCAUAAAGUGAGAGGCUCAACCAAUGUUGAACCCGAGUUGGAAGAACUUGUGAGACAAUCACAACAUGCAAAAUCUAUGAAGCAAGAGCCUUUCGUGACCAUAUUUGAGAGACAAUAUCGACCUCACUUGGUGAUAGCAAUUGUCAUUCCGCUUUUUCAACAACUUACAGGGAUCAACAUGGUUGCAUUCUACGCGCCUAACCUUUUUCAAUCUAUGGGUUUUGGCCACAAAGCAGCUUUGUUUGCUAACAUUAUACUUGGAUUUGUUAACAUUUUUGCAAUCAUCAUCUUCUCUAGCAUUGUUGAUCGGGUUGGUCGAAGAGUUUUGUUUAUAGCGGGUGGCAUUCAGAUGCUUAUCAGUCAAAUUGCGGUGGCUUUUGUGAUGGCAAAGGCGACUGGUGUUCACGGAACAAGUAGCAUAUCGAAGGGGAAUGCUGCAUUGUUAUUGGUGCUAAUGAGUUUCUACUCUGCAGGUUUUGGUUGGUCAUGGGGUCCUCUUUUGUGGAUAAUUCCAAGUGAAAUUUUUCCUUUGAAAAUCAGAACAACUGGACAAAGCAUCGCUGUUGCAGUGCAAUUCUUAACAAUAUUUUUGUUAUCUCAAACAUUCUUGACAAUGUUAUGUCACUUGAAGUUUGGUGCUUUCUUGUUCCAUGGUACUUGGAUAGUAGUCAUGACCCUCUUUAUUAUGCUCUUCUUGCCUGAAACCAAAGGACUUCAUUUGGAUUCAAUCUAUGACAUAUGGUGUAAACACUGGUAUUGGCGUUACUAUGCUAAAAGAGAAGUUCUUCAAAAUCAACACUGAGUGUUUAUUUAGCUAGAUGUUGUAUAAAGUUUACCACAAUAACACUUAAAUAAUUUUAUGAUACUAGUCUAGCCAAGUAAUUAAAUUUUGUCAUCAAAUAUAUCAAAGAUAUAUAUGUUUGGUAAAAAAGAAA